AGUACCCGCAGCGUCCUCUUGCUAUGUUGACAUGUCUUCCUCCGAGGACUCAGCUGCGAGCCACUGAAGUAAAGGACAAUUUAAAAGCAUUGCACUGUAGCGCGCACCAUGGAAAUCCCUGAACACUGCGAGAUAACACAACGUUAAUUUCACGAGUGUGUUUGCGAGCUGCUGAGGUUAGCAAACAAGCUAGUGUCUGUAUCUGUUAGCUAGCCCAAUUGUAACUGCGAGGCUGUGCUGCGGAUGCCACCUGCGAUUAAGUUUAAUAAUAACCGUCUGUGUGCGUGACACGAACUGGACGUGACGACGCGCCAACAUGAGGAUUUUAAGGUUUCUGAGGAGCAGCGUGUCCAUUGGAAAGGACAUUGACUAUUAUUCCAAAUUUUCACCCUCCCCUCUGUCAAUGAAGCAGUUUCUGGAUUUUGGUUCAGAGAAUGCCUGUGAGAAAACGUCCUUCGCCUUCCUCAGACAGGAGUUACCUGUGAGGUUGGCAAACAUUAUGAAGGAGAUCAACUUGUUGCCAGACAACUUACUGGGGACUCCAUCGGUCCGACUGGUCCAGAGCUGGUAUAUGCAAAGUCUUCAGGAGAUCCUUGAGUUCAAAGACAAAAAUGCAGAUGAUGAGAAAGUCACAUAUGACUUUACAGACGCUGUGAUAAAAAUCAGAAACCGCCACAACGAUGUCAUCCCCACCAUGGCUCAGGGAGUUGUGGAGUACAAGGAGACGUACGGCACCGACCCGGUCGUCAGCCAGAAUGUUCAGUAUUUUCUGGAUCGUUUCUACAUGAGCAGGAUUUCCAUCAGGAUGCUGCUCAACCAGCACACGCUCCUCUUUGGUGGGAAGGUGAAGGUGAAUCCUGCACACCCCAAACAGAUCGGCAGCAUUGAUCCAAACUGUCGAGUCAGCGAGGUCAUCAGAGAUGCCUACGAAAAUGCAAGAAACCUUUGCGACCGGUAUUACAUGAACUCCCCUGAGCUGCUACUGGAGGAGUUCAAUGUCAAAGACGAGGGAAAACCCGUGACUAUGGUGUACGUCCCGUCUCAUUUGUAUCACAUGGUGUUUGAGCUUUUUAAGAACGCCAUGCGUGCCACGAUGGAGUUGUAUGGAGAUUCCAUUGACUAUCCUCCCGUCCAUGCACGUAUCGCUCUGGGAACUGAAGAUCUGACUGUCAAGGUGAGUGAUCGUGGAGGAGGCGUUCCGCUGCGGAAGAUCGACCGCCUCUUCACCUACACCUACUCCACGGCUCCCCGGCCGAGCAUCGACGGCUCACGGGCUGCUCCUCUGGCUGGCUACGGGUACGGCCUGCCCAUCUCACGGCUCUACGCUCGGUACUUCCAAGGGGACCUGAAGCUGUACUCUCUGGAGGGUUAUGGAACGGAUGCUGUGAUCUACAUACGAGCGCUGUCCACAGAGUCCAUCGAGAGGCUCCCCGUGUACAACAAGUCAGCGUGGAAACAUUACAAGACCAUCCACGAGGCCGACGACUGGUGUGUCCCGAGCAAAGAGCCAAAGGACAUGACGACAUUUCGCAGUUUCUAGAUUUGAAUGGCAAAUGUCGGGUGUGGCCAAGCGUGCGAGAGAAGUCCUUGUAAAUGAACGAGUGUGUGAUGGUCGUUAAAAUUUGUACAGUAAGUUUAAAAAAAAAAAAGAUUACAAGAACAAAGUUUUAGUGCCACAUAUUUCAUGUGGAAUGAUAGUUUUGUUACGCUGAACAUUUCAGAGUGCAGCAGCCUCCAGUUACACACUUUUCUCACUUAACAUAAAUGGCAAUAAGUGGGAUCAACCACAAGUAGCUGCAAACAUAUGACAGUCAAACCGACUAUUACCGGUAUUUAUACAGACGUAUUAACCAAAAUCUAAAUAUACAUAAAUGUUUCAUUAAGGGUCAUUAAGUAUGGUUAUUAAAGAAUGGUGACCAAAAUAGUGCAGAGCAGACACAGCUGUCAUUGCUCUCUGCUGGACAAACUAUACACUGGUCCCACUGUUUUUAAAUUUAGCCUAUGAUGAGCUAAAAUCAUUAAUCAGUUUAAAUGUUUCGAGAACUAGAAGCAUAAUUCCACUCCGCUCUUUUGUAGCAGGGACUCGUUUAAAGUCACAGCACAACAAAUCUGAAACUGUUGGUGUUUGUUCGAUACCAUUUGGAUCAGAGUAAAGCCUGUUUUUAAGCUACAAACGUGUAUUUAUAAUGUCAGAUUGCUCUACAGUGACUUCUUACUUUGCUUUACGGCUUCUCCUCUGGGUAUUCUGCAGCUUUUAUUUUGCUGAACUGUUACAAUUUGUGAGUAUCAUGAAUUUGAUGCUCUGAAAGAAGGGGAAACUUGAUAUAAAAUUAGCUGCUUUUAAAAAUAUAUCGCUGUUUUACAUUUCUUUUGUCCCCUCUCGCUGGGUGAUAGUUACAAGCAAUGUGAUCAAUAAGUGUUGAUCAAAGGCGUUUUUGCACUGUUUGCGAUAUGUUUUCUGUAGGUGACGGUAGCAGACCGAAUGAUUGGAAUCCGCUGCAGAAAAAAAAGUGUAGCUGCUAUGUUUUAUUGUGUCAUUGCUUUUUGUACUUCCUGCUUCAUUUGCAGUUAAGAUUUCGCAGUUUUGAAUGAGAGCUCUUUCUCCAGAGUGUUAAAGUAUAAUACUGUACAGUGUUUGAAUGCUGUGGUUGUAUUGUUUGGACUCACUCAAGCUGUAGAUGAACUUGUUCUGUUGUGAGCAGCAGGCAGUGGAUCAUGGUCAGUUCAAACAUUUUACAGAUUAUUUUUUCGUCUUAAAAAAAAGAGCUUUAUGCAAGUUGUGUUGACAGAAUGAAAGUGCUGGAAACCUGUUUUUUGUGUCGCUAUACUGUAUCUGAUGCUACUCGUGGUCACAGAUUUCCUCCCUGUGUUUGGGUUCGACUGUGUAACGCCAGUACGUUUAGGAUGACAGUUAAGAGCAUUAAAAAUAAAAGUGUUUUGGUGGGAAUGUUACAGUAUGUGUUCAGAGUGAUGCCUCGCUGAAGCAGAUGUUUGAAUAAAUGAUUACAGUCAGUACAGCUUUAGAUCACGUCCCCACUGGACUCAAACAUUGAGGUGUUUUAAAAGUGAAGAUUCAGCAUCAUCCAGCUUAUGUAGUCCUUAACAACUGUGUGUAACAGCUACAAAAACAUGUUGGUGAUCAAUUAUAAACUGAAACACUCGUACUGCUUUAACAUGUCAAUAAAACAGCCCCAUAACCCUCAA